GAGCGUCGGGCGCAGGGCCGGGCUGGAAGGCCUGAGAGGACGCGCGCCAGCGCCGGCGAUGGGCCCCGCUGCGCGGCUGGCAGCGCUGCUGGCGGUGCUGGCGCUCCAGGCCGGGGACCUGGCCAGGGUCGCGGCGCGCGGGGACACGUUCUCGGCGCUGACCAGUGUGGCGCGCGCCUUGGCGCCCGAGCGCCGGCUGCUGGGACUGCUGCGGCGCUACCUGCGCGGGGAGGAGGCGCGGCUGCGGGAUCUGACCAGAUUCUAUGACAAGGUGCUAUCUUUGCAUGAAGAUUCAGCAACCCCUGUGUCUAACCCUCUGCUUGCAUUUACUCUCAUCAAACGCCUACAGUCCGACUGGAAGAAUGUGGUACAUAGUCUGGAGGCCAGUGAGAACAUCCGAGCUCUGAAGGAUGGUUAUGAGAAGGUGGAACAGGACCUGCCAGCCUUUGAGGACCUUGAGGGAGCAGCAAGGGCCCUGAUGCGGCUGCAGGAUGUGUACAUGCUCAGUGUGAAGGGACUUGCCCGAGGCGUCUUCCAGAGAGUCACCGGCUGUGCUGUCACUGACCUGUACAGUCCCAGACGGCUUUUUUCCCUCACGGGGGAUGACUGCUUCCAAGUUGGCAAGGUGGCCUAUGACAUGGGAGAUUACUACCAUGCCAUUCCAUGGCUGGAGGAGGCUGUCAGUCUCUUCCGAGGCUCUUACGGAGAAUGGAAGACAGAGGAUGAGGCAAGUCUAGAGGAUGCCUUGGAUCACUUGGCCUUUGCGUAUUUCCAGGUGGGAAAUAUUUCCUGUGCCCUCAGCCUCUCCCGAGAGUUUCUUCUGUACAGCCCAGAUAAUAAGAGGAUGGCCAGGAAUGUCUUGAAAUACGAAAAGCUCUUGGCAGAGAGCCCUAACCAGGCCGUAGCUGAGGCUGUCAUCCAGAGGCCCAACGUACCCCACCUGCAGACCAGGGACACCUAUGAGGAGUUAUGUCAGACCCUGGGUUCCCAGCCUACUCACUACCAGAUCCCCAGUCUCUACUGCUCCUAUGAGACCAGUUCCAGUCCCUACCUGCUGCUCCAGCCUGUCCGGAAAGAGGUCAUCCACCUGGAACCCUAUGUUGUUCUCUACCAUGACUUUGUCAGUGACACUGAGGCUCAGAAAAUUAGAGGCCUUGCAGAACCAUGGCUACAGAGAUCUGUGGUGGCAUCAGGCGAAAAGCAGUUACCAGUGGAGUACCGCAUCAGCAAAAGUGCCUGGCUAAAGGACACCGUUGACCCAGUGCUGGUGACCCUCGACCAUCGCAUUGCCUCCCUUACAGGCCUUGAUGUCCAGCCUCCCUACGCAGAGUAUCUCCAGGUGGUAAACUACGGAAUCGGAGGGCACUAUGAGCCUCACUUUGACCAUGCUACGUCACCAACCAGCCCUCUGUACAGAAUGAACUCUGGGAACCGAGUCGCAACAUUUAUGAUCUACCUGAGCUCGGUGGAAGCUGGAGGAGCCACAGCCUUCAUCUACGGCAACUUUAGCGUGCCUGUGGUCAAGAAUGCAGCACUAUUUUGGUGGAACCUGCAUAGGAGUGGUGAAGGGGAUGGUGACACACUUCAUGCUGGCUGUCCUGUCCUGGUAGGAGAUAAGUGGGUGGCCAACAAGUGGAUACACGAGUAUGGACAGGAAUUCCGCAGACCUUGCAGCUCAAGCCCUGAAGACUAAAAUGUUGGCAGAGAGAAGCUGGAGGAGUCCUUUGGCUUUCCAGAGAAGCCAGAAGCCAAAAGCUAUGGUAAGAGAGGAGAAAGGAGAGCAAAGAUUCUGGAGGAAGGCCUUUGUCAGCAUUGCCUAUUCCUUGCAAAUGGAAGACAAGGAAGUGGUCUCUAGCAGGGGACAUCUGAGAACUUACAGUUUCUCCUCAAGCCAUGAGUCACAGUAGUAUGAACAAUACAAAGGAGGGGGCAAGGAGGCUGGAGAGAAGUUUCUGGAGCUCAGACACUUUCUCUUGGGAACAGGACAUAUCAACAGUCUCCAGGGUUUGGUCACUGGGGCUUUUGCUACUUGAGCCUUGACCACAGGGGCCCAGAAGUGGCAGUGAGGACACCUGCAGGUGGUGCCUGACCCCCAUAUGCCCUUCUGCCUACUGACUUCUGCUGAAGGCUGAGCAGGGGGUGUCUCUGAAUCAGGAGUGUACCUCAUGUGAUGAUUUUUUUAAAGCAGAAAAUAACUUUUUUAAAAUAUGAUUUUUUAAUACAGCCAUUAAAAAUGUUU